AUGUCGCAGAUCACAGUGUUGGGCUUCUCGCCUUCGCGGGCAGCUGAUCAAGGAGUCAUUGGUAUUCAUUGGGCAAUCCUGCUCACCCCAGCAACCGAAGCCCAACUGCAGCAGCAGAAGGAGCAGCAGCAGCAGCAGCCGGCGGCAUCCAGACCCAAAGCCAUGUCUUUCUUCUCGGGUUCGCGGCUGCUGGCGAAGACGGGCAGCAAUGCCGCUCCUCCGCUCGAGACGAUUCUCUUUGACAUGCACAAUCACCAGCUCCGCCAGCAGGCGUAUCCGGUCCCCGUCAAGGUCGGAGCGGAUGACGCCGAGCAUUCAACAGAAACAGACGUUGCGGCACAAACUCCUCAGGUGACGACGACAGACAUCAGUUCGGACAUUCACAACCGACCAUUCCGUCUGUGUCUCCGGAUGCUGCUGAGCACGCAUUCUCUGCCCGUCACCAAGCUCGCGUCCAAAGUCUCGACCUUGCUCUACCGGACACCGACCUACGGGCCCGAAGACGACUGGCUCCUUGCUGCGCUCGACAUGCUGGUGGGAGCCGGCAUCCUCGAGCCGGCCCAGAACUUCGAUUCGGAUGGUGUCCUGGCGUUCGCGGGAGACGCUGUCAAGGAGUACCUCUCCCAGAUCGAGCAAGGGCACCAGCGGGAGCAGGAAGUGCUGGAGCUGGACUACCUCAGCCACGUGAGGAGCAUGGAGCAAGUCAAAGCCAUGUUUGGGCAGCAACGACAACAAGUGGCGACGCCCCCUUACACGCCUUCGCAGUCGCCGUCACCUCCAGCGCGCUCGCCCGUACCCGAGGCCGAGAGGAGGGGGUCCGGCACGAAAUCCCUCUUCCACCAUCACCACUCUUCGAAGCCCCCCAAGUCAUCGUCGUCGACCAGCCCGACCGACGUGGUGUACAAGGCUCACAAGUUUCUUGGUCUGCGCAUCUCGCCAUCGCCGUCGUCGUACGCGCCGCGGCACCGAUGGGCAGCCGGUGAAGGUAUGAAGCGUGCCUAUUUCGAGCGGCAGGAUGAUCCGUACGGCGGGCUGAUGUGA